GCCUAAACACCAAAGAAGAAGUUGAUACCGGGAUGUGACGUCGCUGCGGCAGUUAGCCGACAGUUGUUUCUAUCUAUUCUACUCACUGAAUACAGAGGCAACAAAUAUGCGCUCUCUCGUCGGAUUAGUCGCUGUAGUUGUUUCUGCCAGCUUGUACCUGUACUCACUGUCACUGUACCUGCCCGCAGGACCCCGGCGACGUCCUCAUUCAGCUACCGAUAAAGAACAUUUGGACUCAGAGUCCGAGAAGCUGCAGCCCCCUGACAGCGCGGAGGAAACCAGCAGGUUGAAAUUCCCUUCAGACUUGGAGGAGCUGAGGGAACUGGCUGAGCUCCUGCAGUUUUACAAGACAGAGCACACUGGAUAUGUCCUGCUGCUCUUUUGUAGUGCAUAUCUGUACAAGCAGUCCUUUGCCAUUCCUGGAUCCUCGUUCCUGAACAUUCUUGCAGGAGCUAUAUUUGGACCGUAUCAAGGACUGCUGCUAGCCUGUGCACUCACCACUGUGGGCUCCACUAUGUGCUAUCUCCUGUCCCAGGCCUUCGGAAAACGCUACAUUGUGAACCUCUUUCCUAAUAAAGUCUCCAUGCUACAGAGGAAGGUUGAGGAGAACCAGGACAGUCUGUUCUUCUUUCUGCUCUUCCUGAGAUUCUUUCCCAUGACACCCAACUGGUUUCUGAACAUGUCUGCCCCGAUUGUCAACAUCCCCAUCACCUUCUUCUUCUGUUCAGUCUUCAUUGGUCUCUUGCCGUACAACUUCAUCUGCGUCCAGACAGGCGUCAUGUUGUCUGAGGUAUCGUCGCUGGAUGACUUGUUCUCCUGGGAGCGGCUGCUGCAGCUGCUGGCCAUUGCCUGCAUGGCUCUGCUGCCCGGUGCUCUCAUCCGCCACUACAGUCAGAGGCGUCUCAGAUUGGAUGUCCAGUCGCAGAACGGACUCAUCACAGAUAAGAAGGUCCAGUGAUUUGCUUCGGAAAUUACUUUGUCCCUUGGUGUUUCGAUGUGCUCUGUCCUCAAAAGUGAAUGUAUUUAAAGUGGAGACUCUUCAGAAAACCUUUGUUCACACACACGUGUGUGACGGCCUCUUUUAUCUGGAGUGCUUUAUUUUUCUGGAGCCACCUGGGCAUGGAGAAGGUAGCUUUAAAAAAAAUGAUGAAGCUGUCACAAUGGGAUUCAAAGUUGUGUAUGCUGUGUUACCAGAUGUUGGUGUUUCUGUACCACAACUUGUGUGGGUACAGCAUACACAGUAUAUGUAUAUAGAUGUAUGAAUGUACAGUAAUAUGGAAAGAGGGAAGGAUUUUAAGGACAUUUUGCUCAUACUAGUAUUGAAAGAGCUAGUAUUCAAAGUGCCUGUCAUGCAGUUAGAGACUUAAACUUCUACCUCCAGCAUUGACAAGUGGAACAAAUUAAUGUAUAGGUUAAAGGUCUACCCAUACAUCUAGAGGCAGAUGGUUCAGAUAAUUGUUUUGUUGGGUUUGUGUAAGUUAUGUCUUUUGUAACUGAAAUACUGAUUAUGUUUUCUGGAUACACUACACAGCUUGAAGUUGUAUUUUUUCUUGUUUGACAAUCACAUUUUGUAAUUUCAGUACAAAUUGUAAUUAAGUAUAUAGGGAAGUUUUUACAAGUUUUUCAAAUUGUACAGUGUAAUUAAGAGACCAGAAUUUGGCCUCAGAAAGACCAGAGUGCCACGUCAUUUUACGGAACCAAUUGAAAUACUUUAUUUUUUUGUAACUAAAUGUACAGCCCUGAUUUAAAGUGUCUUGAUGUUAAUCAGUCAGAUUCUUUAUUUGAAAGUGAAUGUGCAUUUAUUUCACGCAGUGUGAGGCCUCGGUUAAACCAAGCCUUAAUAUUACUUCAAAAUCUUUCUUUGCUGCCUCUUAUUACGUGUCCAUGUGUCUUUUGAACAGUAUCUUGGCCCUACAGUGUCUGUAGUCUGUACUAUAUAAAAUGUCAUUCUGUAACUCCUUAAUGUGGGUUAAUGUGUGUGUAAUGACAUGUGACAUGGCUGUGACAUUUAAAAUAAAUCAGAUCUUUAUUUCAAAGGUGAAAAAAACUUGAAUAAUAGAACAGUAAACAUGUGGAAACCAAUACUUUCUUUCAAAUAUUCUUUAUUGCUCAGAUCCAGGUUGCUCAGCAAUACAGUUCACUCACAACUCAAAACAACAGCAUGGCUGUUACUAGAAAGGCAUGGAUCCAUGAGAUGUAUUAAAAAUGGAUCAUAUGUCUGUCCAGCGCACAGUCACCAAUUACCUUGAGGUGUUUGGGACCUUUUGGCCCGUGGGAAAUGUAGGACUUGAGGGUUUUGACCUACUGAGGAAACAAAAGGAAUCUCCCAAAUGGUGAAAUGCCGUUAAGAAAUGGAUCCAUGUAAAACCACAAAAGUCUAGUGCUAUAUGAAGUGUAGUACAUACUGGAUCGCCUACAACAGUCUCAUGCAAUGCUUUGUGUUUUCUCAUUGAACAAGAAGAUGGGACAAAAAAAACACUGCUGUGGUUCUCCUACUAAAUCCUUCCUCAGCUUAUCCAUAAUUGUUUUUUUGGAUGGUUGUUAAAUGCCCUCUUUGCUGUUCAGUCCCAAAGGCAGAACAAGUUUAAUCACCUUUUUAUUUUCAGACCUGGAUACUCUGUCAACCCUCCAGCUUGUCAUACAGUCAUAUCCACUUGCUUUUUUUUUUUUUAAUUUAUAUAUUUUUUGCCAUUCUCAUUCCCACAUAUGUUCAAAACCCUAGCUAGGAUAUUUUUCAACCACAUUGUAACAGCUACUAUUAUUGGUAGUGAUCUAACAGGAAUGAAUAUUAAAGCAAGCUCCAGACGUACUGCAUUAUUAAAUCAGUGUAAAUGACGAGAAAACCAGAUCAACAGAAAACAAAAUAAAGCCUAAAACUAUCCAACCACUGUGUGAUAUGACUAACAACACUGUACAUCCUCAGUGAUGUGUGUAAUUGUGGUUUUCUGGUACUGAAUAUUAAUGCCUAGCAACACCCCACAAAACCUAGAAAACAACUAUCCUUGGAAGUUAAAAAAAAAAAAAGUUUACUACCAUCUUGACAAGUUUAGCCUCAGAUUGCAGUUGCCCCGCAGAGCAACAACCAGGAUGCUCCGCUCUCAACACCAUAGCGAAACUGAACCAGCUAGAGGAAAACCUGUGCUUAUAAAGAGCCAUAAAAAAAGAGAGAGAGACAGAGGUCUGAAGAGUCCUCUGCAAUGCAAUGCAAGGAAAGAGCCUCAACUUCAAAACUGCUUCUAAAAAAAAAGAAAGAAAGAAAAAGAAAAAAACUACUCCUGACAGUCAAAACAAACCAUGACUGACUAACUACAAUUUCCAGUGCUACUGUGAAAAGCCGUUUUCUCCUUGACCCGCCCAACUACAGUGAAGCAGACCACCACAGGAGUCAUGCGUUGGAGUAGAAGCACCGUACUGCAUUCGUGUGGGUAAGGUCAGGGUAUCUUAAUCAGGUCUGGUGAGCUAUAUCGUCAUCAGUAUGAGGUACUGUACUGGCUGUGGGGAGGCUUGCUGAAACAGCCUCAGGCAUUGUGUGAGUUUUGAUAGACCUUUAAUGUUUAUUUAUUUUAGCACUGCUAGUCUGUGUGAUCACUGGGACAAAAAUGAUCCACCUCAUCUGAUGACAUAGGUCUGCCGUCCAAAAAAAAAAAAAUCUCUCGACAGUUAAGAAAACUCCAAAGACAAACACUAACUUUCACUAUAUCAUCCAUUUAUUUAAUUCUUUUGCCCUACAUCGGUUUUAGUAACUAAAGUCAGCCUUGGAUUCUGAGAGGUAAUUCUGAAAUGUACAGCACAAAAAAAAAAAAAAAAAAAAAAAAAAUUAAAAUAAUAUUGGUAGAUUGAUGAGAAAACCAUUUAGAGGUCAGUUUGUGAGAAGCUGUGACACUCUAAACCUCUCCCACCAUCUCUCACAAUGCAGGUGCAGACUGGUAAGUGUUAUAGAGAGACAGAAAACGAUGCAUUUAUGUGUGACUCUAUUGUACAUGUUUACAGAUAUACAGUUAUCUUGUCGUACACAGUGACAUUUCAACGACUAGAGUUGUUCUACAUUCUACACAGAAGACUAGGGUUUUACACCACGUUCAAGAGUCCUGUCAGUGUAUUUUUGCAGUUUCGUGUUUUCUUCAAAUCAACCCCAGAGUACGCUGUUAUCAAAUAGAGCUGGUAAGAUUGGGGUGGAUUAUUAUAAAAUUCUUUUUUUUUUCACAAGUGAAUAAACUUCAUUGUUUUUUUUUUUUUUAAUUUUCUUUUUUUUAAGUUUCAAAAAACCUGGAGGUACAGUUGGGAAAAACAGGAGGUACAGUUGGUUAGUUUCUGUUUCUAUCAACCGAUUUGUAUGUUCUUUUUGUUUUUUGUUUUUUUUCCUUUCAUUGAUGGUGAAAUCAGUACACAACAUCCACAUUCAGAACCACUUCGGGCAGGUAUGUACCCCUUAGAUCCUGCUCUUCAUUCCUAUCUAGCGAAAAUCGACUUGGAAAUCCUUUGACGUGUAUCAUUAAGAGGUUGUUUGGCGUCCAGGCAAAGACAGUCCAACAGAGUUGACUACGGUUUACAAAGUUUCACUAGUCAGCUGGACCUGAAAAGCUUAGAGAUUACUGUAGAUCUUUUCUCUUGAUCUUUUUUUUUGUUUUUCAUUAAAAAAGAAAAAUUAAAAACGCUCAAAAUGAUCAACAAGGUUAACAAGGCAUACAAAAUGUGGAAAAA